AUGAGAAAGAAACAAGUAGAACAAUUAAUGUUUAAAGCAAAUGAAGCAUUAAACAAGUUUCAAGCUACACCUUUUGCAGGGAAAAGCAAAAGUACACCACUACCAACCCCAAAAACCUUUGGACAGUUAAUAGGACAAUAUGGAACGAAAGUAAAGAAAUUAGAAAAGUUACAAGAAGAAGAAGGAAACGAGGAAGUAGUUAAAACACUUAAAGACCUCGUAGACCAGAUAGCAACCAUUGAUUCUAAUUUUGAAAGAAUUAAGAAAAUGAAUUUAGAAAAUGAAGAAAUACGAUAUAUUAAGAAUACAGAUGAUGCUCUCGAUAUAAGACCAGAACAAUAUAUAAAUCUAAAAGAACCUCAUAGAAGAGCUGUUAUGGCUAAGCUGACUGCAAUAGCCAAUACAAAAGAUAAUAAAAAAACUAAAAGAAAGACACCUAUACGACACAAGCAUUCUGAUAGUAAUGCUAGUAUGACAAGUGAAGCUAGAUCUUCAUGGAGUGAAGAUUCUGCAGCUGAAGAUAAGAAGUUUCAAGAAGAACAAGACAAAGUUAUAGGACAAGUCCUUGAACAACGAGAUAAAAAUAACUCAACAAGAACAUUGCCUAUAACAGGAGAACCUUCUACGAAAGGAAAUAAUGUAACCUUACAUAAUAUACAAGUGUUAAAUUUAACGUUACCAACUAGCAAACCUGCUAAGAAGAAGCCCUUACUGAAAACAGUAGUAAAAGAUAACGCAGCAAAGCAAAUAACAUCACAAAAACAACAUGAGAACUCAGAAUUUUAUAGAAAUAGACAAAUGUCUAUGGAAGGCAGACGAUCUAGUAUACCACCAUGUGUACAGAUAAAAGAAUCAGCAAACCAACCACAAAUAUCACCUUUAUCACUGGGUUCAGCAGUAUCAAUAGCUGAAACUACUAGCUCUAGCUCAACAAGUAUAAAAUCAACUAACAGCAGUGAACAACCAAUGCAGAGUAAUGCAGGAGGAAAAUGUGUAAUCUAA